CGUGACAGCUUGCGCACCUGGGCGGCAGCUCACUUUUCUAUCCUUUAUUUCUGAAACGGAAAGACGAAACCAGGCGUACUGUUCAAGUUCGAAUUCCGCCUCGCUGGCGCUCGCCUUCUUCCGCUUAUCUCAACUCGAACUACUUUUGUGUGGGGAUGGUUAACUGAAGGAUGACAUCCUCGGAUAGCGACUACUUGUUUGCAUUACAGCUUGCGGAAGAGCUUGCUCGCAGCGACGAAGAGGACCGUCAGUCUCAACUACUGUGGGAUGAAAAUGUGGCCAAGAAUUGGCAGUCGAAUAUUAUCGAAGGGAAGUUGGAGCCCCUACGAAUAGAUUCCGUAACGGACGUUCAUGUUCGUAGCACUGGGAAAGGGAAAGCUCCAAUGCAGCCUCACGAAAUCGAUGAGGACGAAGCUCUGGCCAGAGAAAUACGGAAUUCAAUUAAGGGAAAGGCUCCAAUUCAGCCUUCUGAAGUCGAUGCAGACGAACUUUUGGCAAAAGAGCUGCAGCCAUCGCUCAAUGGAAAGGCUGCAGUGCCGCUUUAUGAACUCGAUGCAGACGAGCUUCUGGCCAGGGAAUUGCACAAUUCGCUCAAUAGUCAGGAGGUCAUACUGGUCAGCGACGAAGAAGAUGUUACAUCUCGUUCGGUAACGAAGUCCGGAAGGGCUACAGCCUCGUCUUCGAAAGCACCGGCUGCAGAAGCGAACUACAAGGAGUAUCUCCAAGGUGAACCUCUCGUCUCACGUCCUGCGGACCAGAGUCAUGAAUUGACGGACCCCAAUCCGGAUCUGCAUGGCCUUUUCAGGGCUUUCAAUGUUGCUUAUUUCAACUGUAGACUGGAUGCUGUCGAAGUUCGCUGGAGUCCGAAAAUGACCCUGUGCGCGGGGAUGUGCUAUUUUUACCCGGGGGGCUAUUGCUCGGUGCGGUUAUCGCAGCCGUUGCUGAGUCUUCGACCACGUUCCGAUUUUAUAAAUACGCUCCUGCAUGAGAUGAUCCAUGCAUAUUUAUUUGUGACUGGUGGCAACACCGAUCAUGACGGUCACGGCCCGGCCUUCCUUGGACUAGCGAAAAAGAUCAACGACACUGCCGGAACAAACAUCACAGUUUUCCACAAAUUCCAUGACGAAGUAAAUCACCAUCGCAAACAUAUAUGGCGCUGUACGGGACCGUGUCGCGAAAAGCCACCUUUCUUUGGCUACGUCCGCCGAAGUAUGAAUCGUAAACCGCAACCGGCCGAUUGGUGGUGGGCAGACCAUCAAGCAAAAUGCGGAGGAACGUAUGUAAAGGAAGCCGAUGCUAAUGGCCCCAUCGAUCCGACGAGAGUUGAGAAUGAGGAAGGAAAGAAAGGGGCGGCUGGCGGCGCAUCGAAACGUAGUAGUAGCACGCAAGAAGGAAAAGGCAAGAGAAGGAAGAAAGACGAUCAGCGUACUUUGGACGCCUUCCUGAGCAAAGGAGUGGCGGACGAGGGAAAGCCAGAGGACAUAUAAGAAGCACUGUCUGAAGGAAAGGAACCACUGGAAGCUGCAGGAGAAAUCAAUGAGGAAGGGC